UCCCCGUCGAGUUCGAUUUCAUUUCUUUCUCACUCAGUCUCUCAGCUCAUAGCCAAAGAGACAGCCCUCUCCUCCUCUCUGUCGAGACUCUCAAAACCAACUCCGGCCAGUCAUUGGCACUCCACCACACGGAUCCACCGCUGUCUCUCACCGACGGUGGAGCCUUCCUUCACGACAGUGACAACACAGAGCCACAGCCACUGGUCUCUCUCCCGAGACUCUCUCUCGUGAUUCUCUCUCUCAGGAGUCUCUCACGCGAUUCUCUCUCUCAGAUUCACACACAGGUUUUGUUUGCAGCCUUUAACGCCGCCGUUAUUGAAGCCACCUGUAAUCCUUUUAACUGUUGUUCAAGCCAUUUAGGACUUGGGAGAUUCUAAAUUCUAAUUUCUUUGUUUGGGAAAGGUUCCGAGGUCUGCUUUUGUUUCUAAGUUUCUCCACUUGAUGAUAAAAUACAGAGAGAUGUGAUGUUAAAGAGAAGGGGACUGAAUCAAUCUUCCGUCAAAUCUUUCUCUCGCAGCAACCACAAGCUCUCUUUCACAGAAAUUCCCCAAAGAGAAAACGCCCCAAAACAAAGCAUCGCCAUGGGCAGGAGAGGAGGAGGAGGAGGAGGAGGAGGAGGUAAGAGGGUGCCAAACACCGCAUUUGCGUCUACCAACAACAUAUCACUGAGAGAAUUGACCGGGAAAAAGCAAACCAAGGGCGGCUCCUCCAUCAAUGCCAAGGCCGCGCUGAAGCUCGAGCACUUGCAGAGACUCAUUGUGUGGACUGGUGCGGAGGCUUCUGUUCCUUCUCUGGGUGCAUUAUUUGGGCGCACCUUGGCCGCUGCCCAAGAGGCCAUCGUUGUGCCCCCUGAACCUUCUCUCUCCCUUGCCAGAGAUGUGAAACAGUUCUUCAGCCUGGCUUCAACUGCACUGUUCGAAUUGAGAAAAAUAGAGCAAAGGCCCGACGACGAAGUGAGGAGAGAGCAAAGGAGCCUGAUGAUUGGGAGCGUAUGCAGAUGCUUGGAGUUCAAAGUGGGAGUUAGGGACAUUAUUCAAGCAGGAAUUAGUGCUCGGUAUCAGCUGGACUGUAUUUCCUGUGGUCAUUCAUGGUAUGCCGCCCGGGAUGCUGUUUCAAUGCUCACAAUUGACGCACCCAGUUCUAACAAGAACGUUGGGACGGCUCCUUUGGCCACUGCCAAGUUCCAAGGCGUUGAGAAGAAGCUGGCGAGCCCUCGUGAGUCUGACAAGGCAACCAAGGACACUGUAAGAAAAACAACUGAAGCAUAUUUGCCGGUCUUGGAAGCGCAAAGAUCAUUUAGUAAGUCUAAAAAGGAAGAAAAUUCCGAAUCCGCAAAGAAACCUGAGUAGAAAUACCGCGUUUGUCAUGGUUUUUGGAUCUGGAAAGUUUAGGCUGAUGAAUUAUCUACGGAAUGCAGCCUUGGUAGUUUUGUACAGUCGUAGGAUGUUCUGAUGCCUCGGAACAGGGUUUAGGAUAAGAUAAGUUUGUUUUUUGUAUCUGCUGCUGAUGCUCCAAAGAUAGAAUACACUGACCGACCGGACAAGUAAAGGAGAUAAAUUCAUUCUACCUGUUGAAUGAGUUUUGUGGGUUUAGCAAGUUCCGUUGUGUCGUUGCAGUCUUUAUUUCGCUGUGUAUGCUUCUGUGUGGGUGGAAUUUGUUUCAAAAUUCAAGUAAGUUUUUUGGUAUUC